AUGGCAGGUCCAGAAGCUGAUGCCCAACUCCAGUCCCUUGGUAUUAAAAAAGACUUCAACUCUUGCACUCUGACAGGUAGAAUGAAUUGUGUGCUGGCCACAUACGAAGGAAUCACUCUGUUGGUUUUGUACUUCAAGUUGAAGCCUAAGAAAACCCUAGCUGUGAAGGCAACAUAAAAUGGAUUUUAAACUGUACCUCGUCUGUCCAGUUCUGAUAUCUGAAGAAGCUAAGGACUCAUUGUGAUCAUUUGUACAAUAAAUUAUGA